CGCACCACUAUGAAAAGCCGGGACGUGAUUCUCCGGGGCGAAUCCCUGCCGACGUCACUCUCAGUCUCAUAUAAAAACGAUGAACAGCAACUGUGGUCAGACUCGAGCAAAACCGCUUUUUCCGCUACAACAACUCUUUAAACUAAGGAUUAUUGGAUUGCCUUCGUUGGAUUUUAUCCCAGAAACGAAUUCUCGGUGUAAGCACAAUGACUUUAAACAAAGGUGACAAAUUGCGGAACAUGGACAAGAGAAGGGGAAGCAUGCCAUUCCCUAUGAAUCUACCGAAUCUACACCGGAGGAGCAUGCCCGUGGACGACCGGGAUCUGCGCGCCACGAUGCCACAGACGGGCCAAACGGACGAGCUAUCCAACCUCCUGCGCUGCACGUCCUACUCCCCUAACGAGCAGCACCGAGGCAGCUGCGCGUCCGACUCCUCCGACUCCGUCAUCUCCACUGGCAGCGAGACAGACUCCCAGGUGUACAAGGUGGUUCUCCUCGGGGAGCACGGGGUCGGCAAGUCCAGCCUAGCGCGUGUCUUUGGAGGAGUUGAGGAUGCUGGUCACGACUGCGAUGAACCAGGAAACUCUUAUGACAGAUGUGUUCUUGUGGAUGAAGAAGAGGCAUCCAUAGUGUUGUACGACAUCUGGGAACAGGAUAACAGCCAGUGGCUGAAGGAACAGUGCAUGAGGAUGGGGGACGCCUACAUCAUAGUGUAUUCAGUGACAGACAAAUCAAGUUUCGAGAAGGCAUCAGAGCUGCGGAUUCAGCUGCGCCGGGCUAGGCAGUCAGAGAAUAUUCCCAUAAUCCUUGUGGGCAACAAGAGUGACCUGGUGCGAUCAAGAGAGGUGUCUGUAGAUGAAGGAAGUGCCUGCGCAGUUGUAUUCGACUGCAAGUUCAUAGAGACAUCCGCCUCCCUUCAUCACAACGUGCAGGAUUUAUUUGAGGGCAUCGUCAGACAGAUCCGCUUGAGGAAAGACAGCAAGGAGGAGAACGCACGACGCAUGGCCAACUGCAGGCGUAGAGAGAGCAUCGGCAAGAAGGCCAAACGGUUUCUGGGCCGCAUGGUCGCACGCAAGAACAAGAAGAUGGCUUUCAGGCAGAAAUCAAAGUCCUGCCAUGACCUAACGGUUCUCUGAGGAACAGAUUGGGACAGAUGGACUUUUUUUUUCUUUGCCCUCUGAAGACCAGACGCUGUGUGUGUUUUAACACUAACCCUAAAGGACUAAUAGAGCUGUACAGAAAUAUAUUUUUAUUUUUUAGACAACUACCAAAAGCAAAGAGAGGACUUAAUACGAAAUAUAUCAUUAUCAUUAUAAUGGUGAUUACCUGCAUGAAGCUUUGCAAUCAUUAUUUUAUUUCAUUUUAUUGUCCGCCUUAAACAUGUUGCUGUCAUGGUAUGAUCAGUUUGUAAGAAAAGAAAUCCACAAAGGCUUGUUUUUUCUAAUGAGUGGUGAAGAUUGCCCUAUUGUUGGGUUAUUGUUGAGCUCCUUUAUUGGAGGGGAUUGAUGUAUAUACUAUAACAUGAAUGAUGCCGAAUGCAACAUACAUCUCAUUAUCCUAAAAGACGCUGUAAACUUCACAAUGCUCGGUCGUCUGGAGUCAUGAUUACUUGAAGCGUGGUACGCAGGUUCGUGCCUCAGCCAAGUUACUGAGGACUAAUCAAAAAUGAGAGAAACUUUUGUUGUUCUCUGCUGAUCCAUAACACUGAAUUCAGGUUGUGAAUGUACGAGUAAAGCAAUAAGUUAUUUUAGUCUUGUGAACCUUGAAAUUAUUUGGAAGUUCUUUGUUUACUUUGAUUUCCUUUUUUACAAUAAAAUUCCAAAAGAAAAA